UGACUGCUGUGAAGAAUAAAAGCAAAGUAAGCCAAGGGCAGCAUCCAGUCACGCAGAAUGUUACAGCUAUUGAAGGAGGAACGGUGAACUUGACUUGUCGUGUUGAUCAAAAUGAUAACACCUCCCUCCAGUGGUCAAACCCUGCUCAGCAGACCCUAUACUUCGACGACAAAAAAAGCACUUAGAGACAACAGAAUUGAACUGGUCCGAGCCUCUUGGCAUGAACUGAGUAUCAGCAUUAAUGACGUCUUGUUGUCAGAUGAAGGGCAGUAUACAUGUUCCUUGUUUACAAUGCCUGUCAAAACUUCCAAGGCUUUCCUCACAGUUUUAGGUGUUCCAGAAAAGCCACACAUUACAGGCUAUACAUCCCCAGUUAUGGAAGGAGACCCAAUACGACUGACAUGUAAAACCUCUGGUAGCAAACCAGCUGCAGAUUUAAAAUGGUUCAAAGGUGACCAAGAAAUAACAGACGUUGAGAAAAAACUAGAGAGAGACAGCAAUGGAAAGACAUUCACAGUUGUUAGUGUUCUGGAUUUCCGAGGGGAUCGCAAAGAUGACGGUGCAGUUGUGACCUGCAGAGUGGACCAUGAAAGUUCAGCACCUCAAAUAGCAACACAGGCCUUAGACAUUCACUAUACUCCUACUGUAAAGAUUCUGCCCUCCACUCCUCUUCCACAAGAAGGCCAGCAACUUAUUUUAACGUGUGAAUCUAAAGGAAAACCUCUGCCAGAACCAGUUUUAUGGACAAAGGAUGGUGGAGAGCUUCCAGACCCCGACAGGAUGGUGGUGAAUGGACGUGAACUAACAAUAACUUUCUUGAAUAAAACAGACAAUGGAACAUAUCGAUGUGAAGCAACCAACUCCAUUGGUAAAAACAGUGCAGAAUACAUCUUGAUAAUAAACGAAACUUUAUUUACAACCACAAUCAUCCCCCUUUUCACCACUGCAACAGUCAAAACCUCUGUUACCAUAACACCCCGUUCAACCUCAUCCGUCUCUGGCACCAAAGAUCCCAAUGCAUAUCCUGGUCCAGCUGCAACUGAUCACGCUCUUAUAGGAGGGAUAGUAGCCGUAGUCGUUUUUGUCACAUUAUGUUCAAUAAUAUUGCUUGGACGAUACUUGGCGAGACAUAAAGGGACAUAUUUAACAAAUGAAGCAAAAGGAGCUGAAGAUGCCCCCGAUGCAGACACAGCCAUUAUCAAUGCAGAAGGCAGCCAAGUGAACGCAGAGGAGAAGAAGGAAUAUUUCAUUUAAAUGCAAACCUGGUUACUACGAGUUUUACUUAUCAGGCUGACUGCUGGAAAAAACUGGCUAUCAUUUUUUAUUUUUUUUUUCAAAUUUCAUUCCCACCAUCUUCCGCUCCAUUUUAUUAACUCCUGCUAUCAAUAGCCAGCUUAUGCCAACAAUCAGCUGUUGACAGCAUCAUACUUUAAUUGCAUUUCAUAAUGCGGGACUUUUCUUACUGCAGAAAAAUCUGAAAAAUAAUUUAAAAAAACAACAAAAAAACAUGUCCAUCAUUCUGUUAAAAAUCAAAUCAUACAGUGCUUGAAUAUACAGCCUUAACAAUUGUUUUCCUCUUUAUUUUUUUCUCAUUGUUACAUGAAGUAUGUUCUUUUUUUUUUUUACGUUUACACAAAGAACUUCCAGGCUGCCCUUCUGUAUAUCUCUCCAGCACACAUACAAGUAUAUGAAGACACUAACGUGUAGUAUAGUCCAUGAUACUGAACCUAUUGGCAGUUCUGUGUUUACCCUAUUCUGUAUUGACCUACUUAUUAAUGUUAUGUAGGAUUUUGAUCCACAGCAUCCCUAGUGGCUGGGUGCGGUAUUACAAAAUAAACUGCAAUAAUCUGGACUACAUUCAUUGCUGCAUGUAUAAUAUAUGGAGUGUGUCUUGCCAUAACAUGGUUUUGGUACAGAUUUGAUAAGAUUCAGUUUAUUUGGUGACCACUUAAGGGAAAACACUAUUUUCUACCUUUCACUACAACCAGAUGAUUUCUUUUGAGAAUGAUGUACUAUAUAAAACCUGAACAUAGUAACAGUGAGUAUAGAUAAAUGCUUUAAUAAUACAAAUACUCAUAAGCCAGGGCAAAAGUCAUGUAGGGCAUUGAAUACUCUAGAUGUGCUCAAUGUAGGCGUAAAAAAAUUGUAGAUAAAUUAUACUUAAAGUGAAGGUCCGCCCUUGCAUACCAUUUUUGUUUUUUAUUUAAAUAGGUUUAAAAUUUUGUAUUUAUGAACAACAUAUUUUUAUAUUGGUUAGAGACCCAUUUAUUUUACUGAAAAAGAGCUCCAAAUCUCCCGCAUAGACAUAGAUUUUAAAGAUAAAAUUCUGAGUGCCUGCAGCCACCACUAGAUGGAGCUUAGGAGCUCAAUGCAUACUGCCUUUAGAUAGAAUUCAAAAUUAAAACAGUAGCCUCUUGCGGCUGUCGCCACCAGGUUAUCUUUAAAGUUAUGUUAUGGGAUUUGCCGCUCUGUAGCUAAAAAAAAACAAAAAACACAGCUCUAAUCAUUAUAAACAUUUAUUUAAAAAAAUUAAUCAGCAUGAAAUUUUUUACCUAAAAAUUGCUUAGUUUCAAUAGGUGGACAUUCACUUUAAGACCAAGUAUGUACUUUUUGUCAAUAUCAUUUUUUUCUUUUAGUUUUCCCCCUAUUUUUUUUUACUUCAUCCUGUUUAUUUAAUGUUCUAGUUUUAUCCAUAUUUAUUGUUUCUAAGUGAACUCUACAGUUUUUUUUUUCUUUAGGAAUUGAAAAAUUGUCAGAAUAUUUGCGCAUUUCCGUAUCUUGUAAAUAGUAAAUGUAUUAAAUCAAGUUGAACAUUAUUUGAUACAUAUUUAACUUUUUUGGAUGUAAGCAAGUCACAAGUACCCAUUUUCUAAUGCUCCCCCUCUCCCCCCAAAAAAACUCCUCUUAGAUAUGAACCUACAACCAGUAUUAUGUGUAGAUAAUGUGUUUGGAUUUCUGUCUGUAUGUCCUAGCACUGUUCAAACUUUUCUAGAUCAUCUUAAUUUUUAUCUGUUUUACAAUGGAAGCACAAUGUUAAAGGAAAGAUACUUUAUUCUAACAACCAGUGCAGAGCCUCAGGUUUUUAAGCUCAACCAUAUUUGAGUACAGCUCGAAUUGACAAUUAUUUUAUCGUUUUGCUUUCUAGGAUUUUGUUUAUUAUUGUUUGAUCUUAUUUUUAUUUGGCUCUUCUAAUUGUUUUACCUCUUUUUGUUAAUUUGCUAAAUAUCAAAAAAAAAAAAAGUUGUAUUGCAACAAAUACUACACAGUUUCUGUAUACUGUAAAUGAACUUAUUCUACUAAAUUCCUGUCUAUGCAUUUGUGAGGUAUAACUUAUGUCACAUUCAACGAUACUGAAUUUCUGACAUGCUUUUAACUGCACAGUGAAAGCUUCGGUAUCAAUUUAUCCACAAGCCAUGAUACAUUUCCAAACAUGUCACUGAAGUUUUGGUGAUAAAAAAAAACCUAAAUAAAUAUAUGAAAGAAAAAUCCACUCAACUUAUCAUAGAUUCAAUAUUCCCAACCUGUUGGCUUGAUUUUCUUUCCUCUCCUUCAGCCUAUAAUAAAUAUUAUUAUAUUUCAUUUCCAGCAUUGAUUCCCAAAGUUGGAGAACAAGAAUCUCUUGGAAUUAUAUGCCUUGCCUCAAUAUUCUAGGCAUUGUGCAUUUGAAUAGGGUAUUUUAAGAAGGUAGUUAGCCUAGUGAAAUGUGAGAAGAUGACAACCUAUGAUGUAAAAAUUAUGUCUCUUGUUAUUAGGAUAUUUGGAAUCAGGAAAUGAAGACACAUUAAAACUUUAUAUAUAUAUAUAUAUAUAUAUAUAUAUAUAUAUAUAUAUAUAUAUAUAUAUAUAUUUUUUUAUUUUUUUUUUUAAUAUGGUAACAAUUUUUAGUAAUACUUACCCUUUUUUUUUCCGAAAUAUUUAAAAUAUUUUAGGUUUGCCUGUAGCGCACCACCCAUUUUUUUUCUCUCCAUCAUAUACCAAGUAUGAAUAAACAUGACAUGGUUGAGUGUUAUCAUAAUAAAACAUAUACAGUAUUACAUUCGAAAGAAGUAUGUCUUCAUUGGUGUGGCUGCAUGCUUGUUUUUACAAUACGCACCAUAACAUAUGUGAAAAAUGCAAUAAUACGUUUAACUAUAGUAAAUAUGAUAGUAAGACAACAGGGGUACUGUAGCUGCUAGAAUUACGGUGAAAACUGUAUGGGUUUGCAAAAUAGAUCAGUCCUAAAACUCGCAUUCUGGCUAAGGAGAUGAUGAAGUUAAAGAAAAGGUCACUUGGUAGCGGAACACAAGGGCUACAGAAGAUAUAAGGUCAAACAGUAUAAUCGCUGAUAGUAUGUUUUGUGUUCUGUUUGUGCUAGCCAACUAGAUUGGCCUUGCUCAAGAUGCAUCUUACUGAGCCCUCCUGCUGCCCUAGUCAUUUAUUGAAUAGACAAAACAUAUAUGUUGUAUCCUAUAGGUUCCAAAUAUCAGCUUUGGAUAGUCCAUCAAGGACCUGGCUGAAAAAAAAAUCUCCAUGGGAUUGGUUGUAAUUAUGCUAUAAAAUAGGUAUUUACGUGUAAGGUACUGUAUGACUCCAGCACCCUAUAGCUGUGCCCACCCGGAUACUAUUCCGACAUGGGCAAGAAGCAGAUUUUUUUUUAAUGUCCCCUUAUACAAGUAUGAAAUGUCCUACAUUACUCUGCCAAACAUAUGACAACUAGGCUCCUAUUCUUAUAGAUCCAGUAACAUCCAAAUAUUUUCUGUAGCAUUAUGCUUAAUACGUAACCCCCUCCCCCAAUCGAACUGUUAUUCUUAUUAGUAUUGUUAUUAGCUGUUUAUAAUAGAUGAUACAUUAAAUAUAUUAUAGUAAACAUAUUAUCGGCAGUGUUUUUUUAUUUUUAUUGUAUUAUUAUUAUAAUUUUUUUUAACAAAAAAGAAGUUAAUCACAUCCAGGGUUGCCAGCCAUGAGUAUAUUUACUGAUGGUCAAUUUAUUUGGUUAUUGUCUCUAAAGUAAAGAAAGUAACAAAAAAAACUGCAUUGUAACAUAGGGGACAAUGAACCCUGAAUUCUGCAGAUAAUAUUACAAAAUGGUAGUGAAUGUCACAACUUCUGUCAUCAAAUGGAUAUACAGUAAAAGACAGGAUUUUGCAUUAGAGCGUAUAGAAGAUUUUUUCACAUACCUCAGCCAAGUCAGCAGAUCUGCAGUUUUCACAUAUAUAACUCUAGAAGUAUAGAGUAUAGUAACUCUAGUAUAUAUGAUUUUUAUAUGACAUAUAUAAAAUUGUCAGUAAAAAUAUUUAGAAGAGUUGGCAGCUCCUUCUUCUUUGCUAGGAGAGCUCUUACACGAUCCUCUCUUUCUCUUUCUCGCUCUUCAUAACACUGUGUGUCUUAAAGUGCUACAUUCCUGUAACCUCGAUAGGCAGUCAACAUUUGUAAAUGCAUCAAGUGUGUUUAUGAAGGACUUAAAAUGUUACACAAUUUUUUUUUCAGCGUACGAUUGUGUCUUCAAAUUGAAAAAGAAAAAAAAAAGACAAAAACAAAAAAUGUUCUGUAAACUUUUGAACUGCAUGUUUGUGGAAUAUAUGAACCAUUAAGCACCAUCUGGAUUCUAGUUAAAUAAUUCCAUGCAUAUUCAUUCUUUGUAUGAGUUUCAAAUGAUUUUCAUUUUUUUUUUUUUGCCUCACUUCACCUGCAGAACACGAAAAAUGCUUUAUAGAGUUUACACUUCUAUUCAGAUAUCAAUUUCCUCUUGCAUUAUUAUAUAUAAGAAAAAAUGUGCUUUAUUCACUGUUCCCGAAAUGAUUUGUGGCAUAAUAAUCUGAGGCCAUUAGGAAAUCUAGAAGAACAUCAUCAAAUAUCGGUAGCUGCUCCUAUUAAUAAAGUCUUCCCUUUACCGUUUCUAAAAUAGAAUAAAGACUCUUCCUCCAUGGAUGUAGUCCACUUAAACAUUCCUUGUCAGCUUUUCUGACAUUUUUGUUUUAGUGAAAACUUGCAAAGAAUGAGAAAUCCGGAACAUCUUUUUCCUCUCUGCUUUGUGAUGGUCCUUAGGUACUACCAUUCUCCUUGUCAAUGGCGUCAUGCAAAAAGAGCAAACAGUGGUAACAGUGUUUAACUGUGUAGGGUCACACCCUAUUGACAAAUAAAAUUGUCAGUUGUCAUUUUUUCUUCUUCAUUUUUAUGAAAAAUUAAGGUGGCCAUAUAUUUCUUAUCAACUGUUGUUCACAUGGUCGAUUGUUAUCUCUCCCGACUUCCCCAUACAGUUUUUCUCCCAAAACAAUAGUGUUGGAAAGUGAAAAUUCAACACAACUGACCUUUUUUUUCACAGACAUCAUCUGUCAAUGGGGAGUUGAGAGGCCACCAUAUUCCUUCUUCCAAACACCCUCAAGGUAGUGGGUUUUGCUGACUUUAGUAUAAGGUGUAUGGGUACCUUUACAGAGGAACAGAACAACCCAAAGAAGAAAAGAUGAUCUAUAUGUUAUCUGACAGGAAUAUUAGUUUUCAUUAGAUGAGAGCUGACAUGAUAUAUUUAAAUAAAACCUGUUAUUACUUUCAUGAGUUAUAGGGGCAGAACCCAGCAUAUUUUUCCUGCCCUAUGAAUCGUGCUUGACAGAUCUCUCCAUAUUUGGGUAUAGGGAGGGAUCUUUCAAUCUAGACUGGCAGGGAAGGUUAAAACCACUGGGAAGCACCUCAAAGACUCAUGGUUCAAGCAGAAUGAAAGUGAUGACAGCUUUUCUUUAACCACAGUAGUCAAAUCCCCGACAUCAGACCUCAGAGACCUAUUGGGACACAAUACAUUUCAAAGUGUGAACUUGUUCUGCAAAACUCCUUCAAUGUAGGAUGAUCCUAGAAUUACUGGACAAAUGGAAGACACGUUGUUCUAUGACACAAUAAACAUUUGUGACCAGAAAUUAGAGGAGGACAAAUAUCCAUGCAAAACUGUGUGGAUAGCAAAGAGGGGCCCCAUUAUACUUUAGCCAAGAGCCACUUUUGCUUUGCAGCUCUAAGGCCCUAAAGUAUACCAAUCACAAGUUUUAAGUUAGAAACUAUAAAUUGGUAACAUACACAAAUCACUGGGAACGAGCAUGCAUUCGUACUUGUGAGAAUAGAUGGUCUUACUGUAGCAUAUUUCUGCAAUUGUACAGUUUAUGGUGUCUAUUAAUCAUUGUAAUCACAAAUAUACAAUAUAUUUUUUUUUCCAGAGGACUGAAUUGUUUAUCUUUAAAUAUGUUGUCACUAAAAUAUUGCUUCCUAUAAAUCUGUUUCUUUGUCAGCAUUGCAUCCAGGAAUUGGGCAGGAAUUGUGAUGAGUAGUUUUACUCACCGAGAACAAACCUAUAUAAAAGUUCUAAAUGUCACACAUUUCAAAUGUUUUUGGGAUGGUAAAUUUUGCAUUAAGAGUAAAUCUGUAAUUCAUACCGAAAGCAAAAACAGAAACAAAACUUUUUUUCUAAAAAAACAAACAAAAAGAUGAUGAUAUGUAACACCUCAUGUAUUUUCAUUUUAAUGUUUAAAUAAACAAAAAUAUAUUGAUGAAAAGAAUCAUGUGUUAUGAUGUAAUUCACAAGUGUGAGGGGGUUGAGUUUACUCUGUGCACGCGUGCGUAAGCGCGCCUUGUAGUUACAUGCUCUUCCAUGUAACAUAGCAGUUGUAGUGUAAUUUAGUGCCACUUAUCUGUUACCAAAUGAAAAUACCUGUACAUAUGCUUCUUUUUCCCUGUUAAAGGUGAGAUGAGCAUCUCUCAUGUGGGACAUUUCUAUUUCUUCAAUAAAAAUCUAAUGAAAUAAA